GGUGUUGACGUGUUUCCGCCCCGUUGCCGGGGUGAUGCUGCCGUCGGCAGUAUCCCGGGGCCUGAGCUGCGGCCGAAGGGUCAGGAUUCGCGGCGCCUGGGCCGCGGCCCCCGCCCCCGCCCCGGCCAACGCCCACGCCCGAACGGAGAGCCGCGGCCGCCCCGGAAAUGGGAACCUGAGCGCGGCGGCAGUGGCGUUUCUUGCUGCCAUCCAGUUGUUCUCGCACCAUGAGAAGGAGCAACAGGACCCUGAGGAUGCGAUCAUCCUACUGAUCAAAAAGUCCAAGCUGAGUGCCAUGACAGGGGAGCUUGAAGAUGCCGACCGUUACUUGCACCAGGCGCUAAAACUUGCCCAGCAGUCACAGAACAACCAGGCCAUCACUUAUACCUACACACAGAUGGCCAACCUGGCGUUUCUCCGAGGAGACCUACUUAAUGCUGAGAAACUUUUCAAAGCAGCAAUGAGCCAGCUGUUACAAGCUGGGACUCCAGAGGAUGAUAAUGCAAUGAUUGAGAUGUCCCUCAAGUUGUGCAGCAUCUACGUGAGCACUGAACAGCAUGGCUUAGCUGUUGAGGGCUAUAAGUGGUGUAUAGAGACAUUGGAGGAGAAAGUUCAGAGAGAGAAGGAUGUUCCUGAAGUAUCCUUGUCAGCUGCUGAGAAGGACAAUACCCGCCUGCUCUUGGGAAUGUGCUUGGACUCAUGCGCUCGCUACAUGAUGAGCCAGAAGCAGCUGGUGUUAGCAGAGAGUCUGUAUGAGCAGGCACUAGCGAUCUCUCAGCAAGUGCAGGGGGAGACUCACCCACAGACAGUGGUGUUGAUGAACGAUCUUGCCACCGUACUGGACAUGAAGGGACAUCAGGACCGGGCCUAUGAAUAUGUGACAAGAGCCUCAAACCUGGCGAGAGAGACCAGCCACCCAGACCAAUGUGUGAUUCUCAGUAACUUGGCCAGGGUUCUAAUGCACAGAGGGCAGUACGACAAAGCCAGGUGUGUUUAUGAAGAGGCUUUGACACAAGCAGAGUCAAAGGCUGACAUGCCAGUCAUUCAACAUAUUCGCAGUGGAAUGGAGGAACUGAAGGCUAAGGCUCAGAAAUCCCAGGAAGUCAGGGAAAGUUCUCAUUAAAUGCAAGAACUCAA